GGCGGGCGGAGGCUGGGGAGCCGCCGCCGCCGCCGCUGCUGCCGUCGCCGCUGCGCUGAGAGGUGGCGGCGCCGGGUGGGACCCGCGAUGCCAUUUCUGCCCGGGCGAGGCGGGCGGCGAGAAUGAGAGAUGCAGGUAAAAGAUAGGAUGGUGGCGGGUAAGUGGAGCAUGUAUUGCCCAGUCCUGGCCUGUUGGCAGCCAAUUCUCAUCUUGAUGUUGGGAUCCAUCCUUUCAGGCUCUGCAACGGGCUGCCCACCCCGCUGUGACUGUUCUGCACAGGAACGCUCUGUGACUUGCCACCGGAAGCGAUACAUGACCGUUCCUGAGGGCAUUCCCACUGAGACAAAGCUCUUGGAUUUGGGGAAAAACCGUAUCAAGACUCUGAACCAGGAUGAAUUUGUCAAUUUUCCUCACUUAGAGGAGUUGGAGUUAAACGAGAAUAUUAUCAGUGGCAUCGAGCCAGGGGCUUUCAAUAACCUCUUCAACCUCAGGACUCUGGGUCUCAGGAGCAACCGGCUCAAACUUAUCCCCCUUGGGGUGUUUACUGGACUCAGCAAUCUAACCAAGUUGGACAUUAGUGAGAACAAAAUUGUGAUUCUUCUGGAUUAUAUGUUCCAGGACUUGUACAACCUCAAGUCUUUGGAAGUUGGGGACAAUGACCUUGUCUAUAUUUCCCACCGGGCUUUUAGUGGCCUCAACAGCUUAGAACAGCUGACUCUGGAGAAAUGCAACUUGACCUCCAUCCCUACGGAAGCCCUUUCUCACUUGCAUGGCUUAAUUGUACUACAGUUGCGCCACCUGAAUAUUAAUGCCAUCAGGGAUUACUCAUUUAAGAGGCUGUAUCGGCUUAAGGUCCUUGAGAUUUCACAUUGGCCCUAUCUAGACACCAUGACGUCCAAUUGCCUGUAUGGACUUAACCUGACAUCCUUGUCCAUCACCCACUGCAACCUGACAUCAAUACCUUACAUCUCCCUGAGGCACCUGGUUUAUCUCAGGUUUCUGAACCUGUCCUACAACCCCAUUGUCACCAUCGAAGGGUCCAUGCUUCAUGACCUCCUCAGGCUUCAGGAGAUACAGCUGGUUGGUGGUCAGCUCACCGUGGUGGAACCAUAUGCCUUUCGGGGCCUGAACUACUUGCGAAUCUUGAACGUUUCAGGGAACCUGCUGAACACGCUGGAAGAGUCAGCCUUCCACUCCGUGGGGAAUCUGGAAACCCUUAUAAUAGAUAAUAAUCCUUUGGCCUGUGACUGCCGACUUCUCUGGAUCUUCCGACGUCGCUGGAGACUAAACUUUAAUAAGCGGCAACCCACAUGUGCAACUCCUGAAUUCGUCCAGGGGAAACAGUUCAAGGAUUUCUCCGAGGCACUCCUGCCAAACUACUUCAUUUGCCGUCGGUCCCGGAUACGGGACCGCAAACCCCAGCAGAUCUUUGUGGAUGAGGGCCACACAGUGCAGUUCAUCUGCCACGCAGAUGGAGACCCACCUCCUGCCAUCAUGUGGCUCUCGCCAAGGAAGCACCUCAUCUCUACCAAAACCAAUGGGCGGCUCACCGUCUUCCCUGAUGGCACUCUGGAGGUGCGCUAUGCCCAGAUUCAGGACAAUGGCACCUACCUAUGCAUUGCCAGCAAUGCCGGAGGCAAUGACACCAUGCUGGCACACCUGCACGUCCGCAGUUAUUCCCCAGACUGGCCCCAUCAACCGAAUAAGACCUUUGCUUUCAUCUCCAACCAGCCUAAUGAGAGUGAUGCCAACAGCACGCGUGCCACCGUGCCUUUCCCCUUUGACAUCAAGACCCUCAUCAUUGCCACCACCAUGGGGUUCAUCUCCUUCCUGGGAGUGGUGCUCUUCUGCCUGGUGCUCCUCUUUCUCUGGAGUAGGGGCAAAGGUAACACCAAGCACAAUAUCGAAAUUGAGUAUGUCCCACGCAAAUCAGAUGCAGGCAUCAGUUCCACUGCCGAUGCACCACGCAAGUUCAACAUGAAAAUGAUCUGAGGAUGGAGAACAGAAAACAAACACAGACAAAACUAAUAAGGAGGGGCAGUGUUGUUGUUUUUUAAAAAAUGAUGAUGAUGAUGAUGAUGAUGACGACAGUGACAGUGACAAACAGUGCAACACAUAUGCCAACCUCUCUUCUCUCCACUCAGCUCCCCCAGCCCCCCUUCGGUCCCCCCAAUCCCGCAUCACUCCCUCCUCGUCCUUCUUUGUGAAAAUGUUCUGCUGACGUCUCCAGAAUUUCCCAUGUUUGUAGGACAUAACUCUGACGGACUCUUGUGUCGAUCUUAAAGACAGCAGCAAACUGAAAAAAAAAAAAAUCAAAACCGCAAACAAUAAAAAGUUACAUACUUCCUCUGUAACUUUUGAUUUCAAUAAUUACGGAUUUUUAUGAAAACUUGAAAUAAUAAAAGAAACCUAUUUCCUAUAGCUA